ACCCCAGCCCCGCACAUACACAAGCGCGAGAGAGAGGUAGUGUUUACUGUUUCGUUCCAAAGAACUAGCAAAUCAAGGUUACGAAAAUGGCAGGAAGAUUGGGCAACAUGGCUUCUAGAAUCAUGGGCGGAAACGGCGUCGUUUGUCGCUCUGCGGCCUCCUCUCUUCGCCUCCGUUCCGGGAUGGGCCUCCCAGUCGGCAAACACAUCGUCCCCGACAAACCCGUUCCUGUCAAUGACGAGCUGGUUUGGGACAACGGUACCCCAUAUCCUGAGCCCUGUAUAGAUCGCAUCGCCGAUACAGUUGGAAAGUAUGAAGCAUUGGCUUGGCUGUGCGGAGGUUUGAGUUUUUUCGCGUCUCUUGGAUUGUUGGCUGUGUGGAACGAUAAAGCCUCCAAGACACCGUUUACACCAAAAGUCUACCCAUACGACAACCUGCGAGUGGAGCUUGGUGGUGAACCUAGUUAGAUCCACGGGCAACUAAUUGAACAGUUCUUGUUGUUCAGUUUGUGUGGUGUCCCCUUUAUUGUUUUUCGUUUUUGUAUGCUUUUGGAGCCGAAUGGUUAAAAUAAUGUGCCAUGUCUAUGUGUCAGUGAAACAAACAUCCUCAAACAUAAAGAAAAUUUUUAUUUUGCUUGAA